AUGGAGGGUCGUUCCAGUUUCUCAUUGUGCUGCCAUCUGAGCCUCCUGCUGCUCCUCCUCCAGCUGCCCGCAUGGGGGUGCGCAGAGGAGUUCCUGGUGAUUGGCCCCAAGGACCCCAUCGUGGCAGUGCUGGGCAGGGACACCAUACUACCCUGCUCCCUGGCCUCGCCCAUGAGUGUGGAGAACAUGGAGCUGCGGUGGUUUCGAUCCAAGUUCUCAGAAGCCGUGUUUGUCUAUCAGAACCGGCGGGAGCAGAGGGAAGAGCAGAUGCCGGAGUACACAGGGCGGACCUCGCUGGUGAGGGACUUCCUCACCCAGGGGCAGGCUGCUGUGUGCAUCCACAAGGUGCGGGCUUCUGAUGACGGGCAGUACACCUGCUUCUUCAAGAAGGGAGACUUCUAUGAAGAGGCCACUCUGGAGGUGAAGGUGGCAGGUGUGGGCUCCGCCCCUCAGGUGCACAUCGACGGGCCGGAGGAAGGUGGGGUCCGCGUGGUGUGCACGGCCUCCGGGUGGUUUCCGAAGCCCCAGGUGCAGUGGAGAGACCCCAGUGAAGGGAAGCGCUUGGCUUUCUCUGAGACCCACGUCCAAGAUGCUGACGGGCUGUUCCGCGUGGAGGCCUCGCUGGUGCUGAGAGACAGCUCUGUGCAGAAUGUGACCUGCUCCUUCCGCAACCCCGUCUUAGACCAGGAGAAGGUGAAGGCCAUUUUCAUCCCAGAGCCUUUCUUUCCAAAGGCCUCUCCUUGGAAGGUAGCUUCUGCAGUGACUCUGACCGUGCUGGGGCUCCUGGUGGCUGGGGCUGCUUAUCUUCUCUACAAGGAACAUUCAGCAAAGCAGCAGGCAAAGAAGAGACAGCAGGCUCUUCAGCUGGCUGAGACGGAGGACAGGAAGGAAACACAAGAGUUCAAAGAGCUCAUAGACGGACUCCGGGCAGAGCUGGAAAGGAGGAAGGCGGUUUACCAGGCUGCCUGGAGUAAGGCCCAGCUGUAUGCAGAUUGGCGGAAGGAGAAGUUCCCGGCCUGCUCUGUCACGUUGAAUCUACCUUCUGCUCAUCCCAACCUUGUGCUCUCUCAGGAAAACACAAGCAUCACUCUGAAGGCCCUCGGUGAUGAAGUCAGCGACGAGAGAUGCAGUGUGUUAGGCCUUCAGGGCAUCACAUCAGGGCGCUGUCACUGGGAGGUGGAGGUUAAAGAGGGAGACAGAGGUGAUUGGGCCAUGGGGGUCUGCAGGGAAGGUGCGGACAGGGAAGGCUGGUUCAGAGAGUGCCCAGAAAAGGGGUUCUGGGCUGUGGGACGUUUUUCAGAAGAAUUUUGUGUCUGUACCAUCCCUCAGACAGAGCUAACUCUUAGAGAGGUUCCCCGCAGGCUGGGGGUUUUCUUGGACCACGAAGGUGGGGAUGUCUCCUUCUACAACAUGACUGAUGGCUCCCACGUUUUCUCCUUCUCCCAGGCUCCCUUCUCCGGGACCCUCUUCCCAUAUUUCAUGGUUAAUUCAGGACCCGUGUCCCUCACCGUCUGCUCCACGGGAGAUGCGCCCCAGGGUCUUUCUAACAAAUCUCCCCCCUUGGGUGGGCAGCUGAGUCCUCCGGGGGAGGGGCUGGGCUCUGGCUCUGAGGGUGAUGGCGUUCUCCCAGGCCCGGAGUCUCCAUUACUCUCCCGGGCCCCCCAGGCUGUCUCCCCGUAG